AUUAAUUUUUCUGUCUCUUUUUCUUUUUUUCUUUCUUUCUAUUUGUUGUGUGGUGAAAAUCUGACAGGGGACACAGGUAGUAUGGAAGCCCAAGCAACUUUAUUUCUUUAUUCAACAUCUCGCAUUUCUGACAUUUUUUCUCACAAUUGCACAAUUUUCACUUAAUUUCUCGCAAUUUAGACAUCCACUUCACAUUUAGUAAGUUGCAAAGAACGCACAGACAAAGCGUCAGUCGUUCUCUAUAAACAGCCUACAUACAGGAAGAACCACACUCUUCAACUAGUCAAGACCCAACGCUAGUGCACGCUCGUUACGGAUGUCUAAAUUGUGAGUAAACAAGUAAGUGGGACUAAAAAAAGUCAAAAUUGUGAGACGUUAACUUAAAACGUCUCACAUCAUGAUCGUGGUUAGCACGUUCGCCUCACACCUCCAGGGUUGGAGGUUCGAUUCCCUCCACAGCCCUGUGUGUGUUUGCAUGUUCUCCCCGUACUGCAAGGGUUUCCUCCGGGUACUCUGGUUUUCUCCCCCAGUCCAAACACAUGGAAGGGUGAUUGCCAUUUCCAAAUUGUCCAUAGUGUAUGAAUGGGUGUGCUGCGAUGGAUUGGCACCCUGUCCAGGGUGUACCCCGCCUUGUGCCCGAUGCUCCCUGGGAUAGGCUCCAGGUUCCACGAGACACUGAAGGAUAAGCGGUAUAGAAGAUGGAUGGAUGGAUUUCUCAUUACUUUUUUAUCCUGGUGUUUUUAGUACGUCUGGUAUUUUAGUUUUAAUAUAAAUACUUUUAUUUUGGCAGAGAAUUAGUAUUUUUUUUAUUUAUUUCAGCUUUGAGUUGGAACUUUUAUUGUGAAAGCACAGAGCUUGCUUCUCAUUGCAGCGUGCGGCUGCUCAUGUUGCCGGUUGCUCAGGACCAAUUAUUAAAAACGGAGAGUAAAAGUUGUUCAGUCGUGUGACCAACCCUUUCCCGCGUUGGUAAUAAAAUGUCUUAUUGCAGGCAGGAAGGUAAAGACCGCGUCAUAUUUGUGACCAAGGAGGACCACGAAGCACCAAGCAACGCCGAGCUGGUGGAAGACGACCCCAAUGACCCCUAUGAGGAUCACGGUCUCAUUCUGCCCAACGGGGACAUUAACUGGAACUGCCCGUGUCUGGGGGGGAUGGCCAGCGGCCCGUGCGGCCAACAGUUCAAAGACGCCUUCUCCUGUUUCCACUACAGCAAGGAGGAGGUGAAGGGCUCCGAUUGUGUCGAAUAUUUCCGCGGCAUGCAGGAGUGCAUGCAGAAAUACCCCGAACUCUACCCUCAGGAGGACGACAACGAGAGCGCCCCCUCUGACGCUGCUGCACUUGUCGGCUCCCCCAGCACUGACUCUGCUUCUGUCUCAGGCUCGGAGGAAGCAGUGACGAGCACAGAAAACCCUGCAGCGAGCUAAUCUCUCUCUCUCACACACACACACACACACACACACACACACACACAGCCUUUCAACCUCUGAACUGAAAAUAAAAACAAAGCUCAGAAACACUUGUAAGGAGGCAAGAUGUCAUGACAAUAAUGAUAGAAAUGAUAAUGACUAACAAUAGUAAUAAUUUUUUAAAAAUGUCUGAGGUCAGUGCUAAUAUCUGGAAAUGAGAACGAAUGAAGGACUCGAGUGGUUUUUGAUGUUCCUGAUCAUAUGUGAUGAUUAAUGCUCAUGUCUAAAGGACCGCGUCUGCACUGAGUCGUCUUUAGAUGCUUUUCUUGACGAUAUAAAAAAACAAACAAACAUGUCUUGUGUAUCACACUGCUGUCUUUAUCUUCAAUGUGUAGUUUGUCUCAAACUGCGUGUGAUAUUUCUGUACUUCUGACGUCUUCUCCUCGAAUGCUCCUUUUUCAGUUUAGCUGUCAGCAGAUCAUUUUAGGAAAUACUUCACUGAUGUAGUACCAAGAUAUAAUGUGUAUGCUGAAAGUGGGAAAACAAAGUGAUCCUGGUUGUCCAAAAUGGCCGCCUUGUAACCUUACAGUGUUUACAUGGUUUUGUUUGUGAACGAUUACAUCAUGGCGCACUGUGUGAUAUCACUGAAAAACCGAUUUUUAAAAAAAGAUUUUGGGGGAGGGGCUUGGAGUCUGGAAAACUCCAAGUCUUUUAAGACAGAAACAAUGUCACAGAUGUCACAUCUUCGAUAGGAAGUGAUUGAGAAGGAAAUACAUCUAUUCGAGGUUUGUGUGUGUGUGUUUCAGAUUUGAUUUGACCAUUUCCUUUAUUUAUGAGUCUCAUUUAAUCAGCUAAAGAUGUCCGACUUAAGGAGGAUGGCGUUAUAGGAAGGGUUUCCAAUCGGUGACCAACGACUCUUCGGUUAAUCAUGAUUAUAACGAAUGAGGAAUCUUAAUGGCCGAUGUUCACAGCUGGCGCGCUGAUUAUCCUCCAUUUGAUGUUUUUUUUUCUUGUUUAAAUUUUUUUUUUAACUUGAGAUUAAUACAGUGAUGUGAGCUCUAUCACGGAGAAGACUGAAAGCCUGAGAUAUUUCACUGGGAUGUGCAGCAGAUUUAGCAUGAGAAGAUGUAUAAAAUAAACGGAAGGCAUGAUAAUCAGAUAAUCAUACAGCUUAAUAUCAUAUUUUAUUGUGUCCUAACCUUAAACCCUGGUAGAAUGCUUUUCUUUUUAAAUAAAUACUUAUGAGGAUAAGUCAUAAGGUUUUAUGGAGUUAGAAAUAUUUAGAAAUAUAUAAUAUAUAUAUUGUUUGUACCUGAGAAUGAUCUUAGCUAAUUCUAUUUCUCCAAAAUCAAAAGAAAUGGCAUUAUUAUUAUUAUUUUUUUUCUAUGCAUCCAACACAUUUAAAUUUUAAUAAAUGUUUGCAAGCUUCUUAUCUGAUUAAUGCUCAUACGAGAAAGGAAAAAGUACUUAAAAUUUUUUUGUUAAAUCAAGGUAGGAUGUUGAGUCUCGUGGUUUUUUUGUUGUUGUUGUUUUUGUUUGUUUUUUUUUAGUUCAGUUAGUUAACCUUAAAUUAUCUUGAUUGAUUGAUUGAUUUGGUGUUAAAUCAUCAUUUUCAUGAUGCGAUUAUUUAUAUAUAGAAUAUCCUGAAAGAUAAAGCUGCUUCAAGUGCCAUAUCCUGGAAUAUCGUAUGUCUACUGCCAAAUGGAAAGGUCUGAAGGCCUUUUUUCUUAUGUAUUAUAAGGUGUGUGUAUGUAUAUAUACAUACAUAUAUGUAUGUGUGUGUGUGUAUAUAUAUAUAUAUAAUAUAAUCUAUCCAUACAUCCAUCCAUCUUCUAUACCUUUUCAGGGUCACGUAGAACCUGGAGCCUAUCCAUCGGGCACAAGGCGGGGUUCACCCUGGACAGGGCGCCAAUCCAUCACAGCACACUCACAUACACAUUCACACACUACGGACACUUUAGACAUGCCAAUCAGCCUACCACGCAUGUCUUUGGACUGGUGGAGGAAACCCCCGCAUAAAAAAACCCAAAACAACCAAACAACUUUACUUCACAGUAAAAUCCACGGUGUUGAAUGAACACCUUCAGUGUUUAUUCAUGUCAACACAAAGAACACUGAAAGAGUUAAUUCAACACUGUAGUAGGUGUAAAUUCAACACUGGGGAUUUUGCCGUGUUUGUCUGAGACUAAUCAUUUGGUUCGUAUGAAAACUGCAUCAGGGUGAAUUAUAGUUUAGUUCAAUCUACCGUGAGAUAUUAAGUAAAAUCGAUGAUAUGUCAUUAUAGAAAGCUGUAUCCAUGGCAACUAUGAAACAUCCAUGUUUUUUGGCUCCAUAUAUUUGUUUGUGUUCACAGAAUGUGAGAAGACCUGGGGGAUUUGAUGGGUUUGAUGCGAUAUCCUGUCCCCUAUGACGCAUUAUAGGGAUUCAUUAUAGAGUUUCAUACUUUUUUUUUUAUUCAAAGUUUACAAAAAUAGACUAUUUAACAAUGACAGAAGGAAAAUCAAUCAACCGGUAAACAAAAAUUCAAUCGUUAUAAUACCAUAAUGGCCGAUUGUUUAAAUGUGACAGGACCACAGUACUGCUCGUCUUUAACAGGCUUCCUAUCACUGGUUUGAGUACUAAUGUAAUAAUUGGUGGAAGCAGUAAAAACAUCUGCCAUGAGCUGUGUAUCCAGGUGUACUGCAUCAUAAUUCCAUGUAUUCUGGCCUUAUUCAGUAUGGGAGUUCGGUACAGUUGGGUCUCUCCAUAGUUCUGUUAACAUCCCCUGGCUGGUUUAAGAACCCGGCUGUGUCUGUGAGUUUGAAGUAUUCGUUUUCAGUGUCCGUGUAUCUGUGCCCUUCCAGUGCGUUCUUAUCAUAAGCAGCCCCGCCG